AUGCUACACGCCGAACAUCGCCUCAUGCAACAGAUGGUUCGCCAAGAGUAUUAUAUACCUCGUCUUAAGCCCCAAAUAAAAAAGUGCAUUUUCAUGUGCAAAAUCUGCACCAUGCACAAGCAGAAAAUGCGAACGCAGAUUAUGGCAGCACUUCCACCUGAACGCUGUAAUUUCGCUCUGCCUUUCACCACCACAGGUGUCGAUUUUGCUGGGCCUUUUCAAAUAAAGGCGUCCAUGCUAAGGUCUCCCACCCUCAUGAAAGGCUACGUGGCUGUCUUUGUCUGUUUCACGACAAAGGCAGUACAUCUUGAGCUCUGUACUAAUCUGACGACGGAGGCUUUUCUCGCGGCUUUUGCUCGCUUCGUCGGACGACGUGGCUUUCCAUCUAAAAUCAUGAGCGAUAAUGGCAAAACUUUUAUAGGAGCUCAAAGAGCCACAGAAAAACAGUUUGUGGACUUCAUAAAACAAGUCUCACCACACAUCGUACAAAAGUAUGCCCCCCAAGGCAUUAAUUGGCAAUUUAUCCCCCCAAGCGCUCCUCAUAUGGGCGGUCUAUGGGAAUCAGCUGUAAAGAGCUUCAAGUCUCAUUUCAAGAAGCUAGCUGGCAACUACAAAUUUAAUUACGAAGAAUUCGCAACCUUACUAACUAGAAUUGAAGCCGUUCUCAAUUCACGGCCUCUCACAACACUCUCGCAAGAUCCCUCCGACUUCACAGCCCUAACUCCAGGGCAUUUUCUCAAAGGAGCACCCAUUCUGGCCACACCUGAGCCAGACGUGGAGUCGCUAUCCUUAUUAAACAGAUGGGAAAGAAUUAAAAUUCUCCAUCAUAAUUUCAGUCGACGAUGGAAAGAAGACUAUAUAAAAGAUCUCCACAAGAGGUACCGAUGGAAAACUCCAGAAAAGGCGCCACAGCUUGGAGAUUGUGUCCUUAUUCAUGACGAAUGUCUCCCCCCCACCGAAUGGCGGCUUGGCCGCAUAGAAAAGCUUCAUUACGGUUCCGACGGUCACAUUCGAGUAGUUGAUAUCCGUACUCAAACCGGAACGCUCACAAGACCGCUAGUCAAAUUAUGCUUCUUACCAAACGCCGCCGAUAAUAUAGACAACCGAAACAUAAACAAAAACCAAUAAAUAACAAACCGAUAAAAGCGAAAACGAAAACUAAUAUACAACUAAAAUGUUGCUCAAAGGGCGACACAUUCAUGCCACAUUACAUAGCACCCAUGUCCUUAUCAAUUUACCACCACCAAUUUAUAA